AUGAAUCACACCAGUGAAGCAAAUAUGAAGAAAAUCAGUGUGGCAAAUCUUGAUAAACUUUUAGAUGACUUCUCACAGAUAGAAAAGAAAAUAUUAGAAAUUAAUGGAAAGAAUAGCCUUCUGGAUCUUCAGCUGGAAAAAUGUAAUAGGUUAUUAACAUUAAGCCAAUCGAAGGAAGACUCUGUAAAAGAGGAAUAUGCCACUCUCCAGAAUGUGAUAAAGGGUCUAAGACAAACAAUUGAAAAUCAGUGUAACCUGAGAGAUGAAAAUGAAAGGCUGAAGAAUAAUACCCAUCUCUUGGAAGAGAAAUUAAAGGCUCAUGAACAGGAAUAUAAGAAUCAAAUUGACAAACUUGUGACAGAAAUUAAAAACAAAGAAGAAGAAUACAAACUGGAAUUAACAAAGGUUCAUUGUGACAUGAGCAGAAAAUUUGAACUAAAAGAAGAAGAGCAUAAAGAAAAGCUAGAGAAAAAAGAGCUGACAAUAUUAGACUUAACCAGACAACUGAGAACUCUAGAUAAAGAGAAACAGAAUGAGAUAAUCAAACUGCAGAUAGAGUUCAAUGCUAAAUUAGCAAGAGUUCAGAAUAAAACAACAAAAUCAUAUCCAGAUACCACUGUCUUGCCUCAAAACAUCUACAGAAGGAAACUUCAGCAUCUCCAAGAGGAAAAAAACAAGGAAAUUGAAAUUCUCCGUAACACUAUUAGAGAUUUAGAGCAACGACUCAGCAGUGGCCCAGAUUCCCUCCUCAAACGGAGACGUUUUUGA